AGCCAUUCAACCAAGGGGGAACGAGGUCAAUCUCAUGUGGGAAGCAGCCAAGCGAUGCGAUUCGAUUCAAGACGUAGUAGCUAUUCAGCAAUAGUCCGCACCACCUUUGUCUUCAGUGUCAAAUUGUCAGCCGCCGGUCAGGCCUGAGUGGGUGGAGCUCGAAUCUUGACAUCUUGAAUCCAUUUCGCUUCCUCGCCUGCACGCCCUUCGCGCUUACCUGACGCUGCACCCUGACCUGGUACUUACCCCGCCCACGCUCCCAUUUCCCCUCUGCGCUCACCCACUCUCCUCCUUCCUUCCUUCCAUCCAUCCAUUCACUUCACGCAAUCACAGAAUGGCCCCCAAGAAGAAGCAAGAACAGAGCAGUGACUCGCCGCAAGCUGCGAAGAGGCAGAAGGUGGAGGAGAGCAAAGGCGAGGACGAGGGGAAGAGCACGUCCGCUGAGCCACGUCGAUCUACUCGUCAAGCUUCUGCCCCCAAGAAGGAGGCACAAGACGAGGCGAAGAAGGCCCAGGACAAGAAGAAGAGCAGCAGCAGCAGCAGCACUGCUGCCAAUAAAGCAAGCAAGGGUGGUGGCAGCAAAGCAGAGAAGGAGAAGGAAAAGUCGGACCGCCCCAACAACGAUGACGACGACGACGUCAAGACGAAACCGGCGUCCAAGUCUUCGAAGUCCACCAACAAAUCCAAGUCCUCCUCCUCCGCCUCCAACUCGAAACAGGAAAACGUCUCCCUUUCAGCCAACAGCGGUUCAGGCUCCAACACAGGGGAUGGGACCUAUGGCUCCAAGCACGAUUCUGCCUCUUCCCCCUCUGGCACUUCUGCUGGGUCCUCCACUCGCCUGCCAGAGGUGGGACAGACGGUCCAGUGGAAAGCUAUGCCCGGUUGGGUGACGGGUCAUGUCGUUGAGAUUGUAAAGGAGCAGAAGAGUGUGGGAGGGAAGAACGUUAAGGCUAGUAAGGAGGAGCCGAGGAUCGCACUGAAGAGUCAUGGUCCGUCAGGGAAGAUUGCGGUGCAUAAGCCCGACGCGGUGUACUUCUAGCAAUGGGGCGAGGGUGUAGCAGAAGGGGAGGGUGACGCGGUUGAAAUAUCGAAGCAUUCUGAGGAGGUUGAGCAACAGGAGGAGAGAGGAGUGUGUGUGUGUGUGUGUGUG